AUGACCGGAGGUGGCUUCGCUGGAUCGAUGGGAGGCUUCGGCGGCUCUGGCUUCGGUGGUGGUGACUUCGGCGGGUCAUUUAGUGGCGGGAUACCGUCCAUCAGCUCGGGUGAGGGGCCCAAGGAAGGGUCUGGUGAAGCUCUUGCUGCUGCAACAACUACGACUAGUACCGCUGGUUCCGUCGCGGCAUCGGCUGCGGCCUAAGGCCUAAGUGAUGCCGACUGCCCGCGAGGUAGUUUGGAUUUUCGAUGUGACAAGACCGUGUAGUUUUCGUGUACCAAGCUUGAAGAGAAGAGCAUGUAAAAAUGUUGUUAAAGAACUGACGUGAAAAGCUAAAAUAUCCAA